CAAUAACAGACUUCCUCUUUGUUUUGUACGUGAUUCGCUUAAAUUUAGCAUUAAGGAAAAACGACUCUGCUGUGCCUGACUUCAGCGAGACUCGAUUAUGAUAUGUUUCCUUUCUCGAGGCAUUUUGCGAAUACUGGAGGAAAACUGUACACCUUCAUCAAUGCCAUUACAAUUUUAAACUUCUAAAUUUAUUGCACCUGCUUGAUACUUCCCAAACUGUUAACCUCCUGUUAGUUAUAUCAAGAUCUUUGAUAUAAGAUGAAUACCUCUUUGUCCAAUUCAUCUUCGGAAAGCUAUUCCAUUAAGAGCGCAGUAGACAUCGUCCAUUUCGCGUCGUGCCUGGUGAUCACCCUCCUCAGUUUCCUCGGGAACACCUUCGUCAUUGUGGCCAUUGCCAAGAACCACAACCUUCGCACGGUUUCCAACUACUUCGUGAGUUCCCUUGCCGUCACUGACGUCUUCGUUUCCAUCCUGAUCCUGCCGUUGGGUCUCCAGUACCUCUUCCUCAGGCGCUGGUACAUUGGUAGGGUUCUGUGUACGCUUUGGGUUAGUAUCGAUGUCCUCCUGAUCACAGCUUCCAUUUUGAGCCUUUGCGCCAUCUCGAUCGACCGCUACCGCGCCAUCAAUCAACCGAUCAAAUACGCUGUACGACGCACCCCGACAUUAGCGGCGAAAAUCAUAGGUGCCGUAUGGUCGCUGUCCUUUCUAGUCAGCGUACCAGCUGUAUUUGUGAUCGACUACUCGAACGAGACAUUGCAAUGCGGUAUUCAGAGAAAUGCUGCCUUCGCCAUCUGCUCCUCUUUCGUUUCAUUCUACGGGCCUCUCUUCGUGGUGCUCUUUGUCUACGUAAAGAUCUACCGAGCAGCCAAGAAGCGCGCCGCCAUGGUUGGCAACAACUUCAAUACGGUCUCCAUGGUUGAGUUCUCAAUCGAGAUGAAGCCGCAGCUCCGGCGGCAGACUACGCUCCAGAGACUCCGGUCGACGCUUUCCCGCGCAAAUGUGUUCCAAUCGCAAAAUUCAGAAGGUGCUUCGUCGACAUCCAGGAUUUCGACGACGCGUGAGCGCCCGACCCAGGGAAUUGAUAUGAAAGCGGCUCGAACGAUCGCCAUCAUAGUCGGGGUCUUCAUAGCGUGUUGGUUACCUUUCUUUGUGAUGCACGUUACGCUGUCUGUCUGUGACACCUGUAACGUUUCUGAACAGACUUACAUCAUCAUAUCAUGGAUUGGCUACUGGAAUAGUGCGUUGAAUCCGAUUAUUUAUACACUGUUUAAUAAAGACUUUCGGCGAGCUUUUAGUAAAAUGUUAAGAUGCAAAUCUUAUUCAUAAAAUAUUACUUUAUUCACCAGUCGAUAAUGUUUCAAACUCGGGCAUCAUCCAUGCUAUACGCCCUCUACUUCAGAGCCUAUAUCACAAAUUACUAGUUUCUUUGCAAUUGCUCUUUAAUUGUUUAUAAACGAGAGUAUUCAUUUGAUAUUGAUUUCUGUGACAAAUGUUUAGAAACGAUAUUUGUGGGAAUGUUUUUUUUGUUAAGUUCGAAAAAAGGAGAUUAUACGUUCCUUCUUUCUAACUAUUGUUCAGCUUAAGUACUCUGAAAACGUACUAGGAAAGUUCCCAUGAUUAUAAAUCGAUCCUUUCUUUUUCUUAUAUAAUUUUUUAUCCGAUUUUUUCCCCCUUGAUUUGAUGAUCUUAUACCAUUUUCAAAACGUUGUGGCAAGAUAUUUAAAAUGUAUAUAAAAUGAAUCAAAAUGAUAAUACCUUCAACAAAUCAGAGUUGGAAAUUAAUCUUCAAAAGCUCAGUCUACACAAAACAGGGCAUCGUUUCAUGAAACUCGUUAUCAAUAACAAGUUGCAAAAUGGUUAUAAACUACUGAAAUCAUUGAAUUUGAUAGGUUGUGAGCAACUUUUUUUUUUAUAGAAAUGUAACAUUUUGUUAUAGAUAAUUUUAAAAAAUGUUGGAUGAAACGGCCAGAUCCAGAGAAGAUGUGUACAUGUUUUAAACCACGAUUAGCGACACUAUUGCACAGACUUUCGAAAGAAAAAGAAAAUUCGAAGGAUAUUUCAAAAGAACUUCUCCAUCACUUAUUGAAUUUUUGUACUACGAUGUAAUACAUAAUCCGAAUAUGAUUUCUUUACACAAAAAGGGUACCGAAAUUGCCUUUGAGUUUGUUUUUCAAAAUUCUUUGCAAUGAUGGUGUAGGCCUAUAUUAUUGUUGUGUUAGUGAUGAGGAGUCUUUCUUGAAAAUUGACUAUAGCUUGUAUUUUUAUUUACACUCUUCCAACAAAAAGUCUUGUUCCUGUAAAGGAAAUAAAGGUAUAAACAACCAGUAGGCCUAUGUCGUAACAAUGUUUCUAUGUGUAUAUGGUAAUGACGUAAGUUUGAACUUUGGAUUGGAUCAUUGGAUUGCCUCUAAAAUAGAUCGGAUCUUUUUAUUGCUUAUUAUUCUCUUUUAGAUUUCUUGACAUCAAGAGCCUAACCAUUGAAUGAAUAGGUAUCAUCGAAUACGCUAAACAGUUAAGCUUGGGAGACAUUAAUUCCGCAUUUCUUUCUUAUUUUCAUUCUAAUAAAUGCAUUUGAACUGGAGCGAAACCAGGAUUUUAUUAAGGGGAAGCAUGUUUAUGAAGAAAUAAAUCUCUGACAAGCACUAAACGUUCACAUGUUUUUCAGGCUGCCGUUUCGUGUUUUUUACAGUCUGAAGGGGGUAAGCUAGUGAGAACUUUUUGUAUGUGUGUGAUAGGGUAAGGUUAGAGUAUGAGAUUGGAUUUUUAAUAGAGGGUAUGGUCACGUUUUCCCUGUUAGUCCGCCACUGCUUUUCCAUAUAGAUGAUAUGCAUAUAAUAUUUUGAUAUCGAUUGAGAAUCGCAAACUGUUAUCGUCGUUUGGGAAUGAUUAAGUACAAGAAUGGCAUACAGUGACGCUGUUGGAUAACGGUGAGGUGCUUAAACAAUGUAGAAUCGUAUAUAUUUGCAGAAAGUGUAGAAAUGCUUACUAUUAUGUGCACUGUGUGGUGUUUACAAUGUACAUUGGCGGCGAUAUUGCCUUGAAACUUAGCACUUCAAAUAAAUGCUGAAAAUGAACCAGCUCAACUCGCUCACUCUCACUCUCACUCUCUCUCUCUCUCUCUCUCUCUCUGAUUCUUUCUCCCCCUCUCUCUCUCUCUCUCUCUAUCAUCCUCUCUCAUCAGACAUACAAGGUACUUGCUUUAAAUGUUUCGCUCAGGUGACCUCGGCUACAUGCAGGCACGUUUCUUUACGUCCUAGUUUUUUGAAAACCUAUAGGCUUAAUUCAUAAUGGUAAUGUGUCAAAUCAACUUUUAUUAUACGUCGUUCUUUAAUUAUUGCUAUCGAUUUAAGUUACAAAAUGUAUUUUAUUUUGGAACCUGUAAUGUACAAACGUUGCUUCUCGAUAGGUUCUCCAUAUUCCACAUUGUUAUUUCUCUAUACUAUGUCUAUCAUUUUUUAAUUUUUAAAAUGCAUUCUUUUGUUAAAUCUUAAAUGUGAGACAACCUUGUUAUGUGAUAUGCGGAACAAUAAAACAAAGAAACGAAAGAAAAGAAUGACAAUUACAUUUUAACGAUCAUGUUCAGUUGAUUUUCAUUACUUUCACCCUGUAAAAUAGAUUAAUUCAU